UGUUAUGAAAAUUGCUAUACAAAUUGAUAGAAAUUUUAGAAGGGAAAGUCUGAAAUUUAACUUUCUUGGAUUCUUUUGUAAAAACUUAAUGUAUGCACAUAAGCUUGAAACUGUUGUGUUUAAAUGUAUUAUGUUCCACUUUGCUACAGCCGCAGUGCACCUUCAUAACAGUAUAAAUUGGCUUGUAGAUGAAUGUAUUUUUACUUAUGCCUACAUACGUAUGUAUAAAGACAUACCUAACAAAUAGAAAAUUGUGUCAACUUUUUCUUCUUCGGCUGUAACUCUUUUUUAUACAAACUAUUAGAGUUGGCGUGUAUGUUGGCAUUGUAGAACGUUUUUUGGUGGUAGUUGCAUUCAUCUUUUUAUUUUCCCAUUAUAAACGAAUAUUUUUGAAAUCUUUGCAAUUCUGUGUUCUUCAUUUAGAGUUCAAUCCCGGAUGAAUACGCAUAUCUUUCUUUUUCAUCUGUAUAUUUACAUAUGUAUAUAUGUGUUGAAAUAUGUAUUUUAUUCGUUUUACCAUUAUCGAAGAGCAACAAUUGGAAUCGUUUUGCUAAGGUUCUUCAACGAAUUGCCUCGAAAUUCAAAAUUGAAUAGCAAGAACUUCGAUAUUCAAAAACAUAUCCCAGCGUUUAAUAUACAAAGCUUUACAUACUUUUUAGUUGCUUCGUCGCAACUUCGGAGUAAAAAAGCACUUUGCUAAUGCACCAGUCUGUAUCAUAAUUAGGUAAAAAUCGGAAAAGUUAAAAAUAAAUUCAAAAAGUGGGAAAAUUGUGAAUUUAGCGUAUGAGGAGAUUCGAGUUAUAGAAUUAAGCUUAGCAUAAAUCUCGGAGAAAUAUUAUAUUUUAUAUUAUUGUAUAUAUUUACAUAAACGAUUUUUCUUUUCUUCGCACAUUAAAGUCAUUGAACCAAGAGUACAAGUAGCCGAAACAGUCAAACGAGCUUUGUACGUCGUGAAGAUGCAACAAAUUGUGUUUCAUCUCUGAUCUAUUGGAAAUAAUGGUUACCACUUGUGGGAUGAGUGUGGGCUUCAUUGUUGUCCACAUCGUAUUUGUAUUAAUUUUCACUUUCAAUCUUGCCAAGGCUACUGUAAAACGCGUCUUCUACUAAUUUUCUGUCGGUUUGCGGAAAACAUAUUGAUGCAAUAUCGGAGCUGUUCGUUAAAUAUGUAUUUAGUUUAGCUUCUAACACUAUGAAGAACUGACUAAAAUUUAAAAAGGUUUCACGAAUAUGCAGACAGGUAAAAAACCCCAGACAUUAUUUUGGGCCAUCCUUUUUUGUUUGCUAUGGUUAGUUAUGACAUCGGAUGAUGAUUUGGUCGAUUUCGAUUUCGCAGACCUAAAGGAAAUUGAGUGGAAUUACAACAACGAGCGAAUCAGAGAUCAAUUGCAUAAUGCUCCUGGCGAUAACUUUAUUCAAACUUUUGUAACAAUGAGCGACUUGGAUGAAGAAAACCGAAUUCGCCCUUUUAAUUUGAGAGAACAUGUUUUGAGAAGUGCACUUUCGAAAGCCUUAACUAAUGAACAGUUGCGUCAAAAGUUUGUGGAAGUUAUGCCAAUAUUACGUGCCUUAACUCCUCAACAGCGAUUAACAUUGUCUGCGUUAAUAUCAGCACAAAUUAAUUUGAAGGGUAACCAAGGCCUAAAAUUAGAACAGGUACGUGCGAUGUUUGGAAAUGACAAAAAACUGUUACUUCCAAUUGUGUAUGAUAUUGCAAAUCUUGUACGUAAUUCAGCUCGAAAAUAUUUGAGUUUGGAUCUCGAUUUGCCGCGCCAAAAUAACCAGCCACCGGAUAUAGAACGUCGCAUGGAAGAUGUAUCAUCAACAGAGUUACUGGAUGAAGAACACAUUAAGAAAACGGACGGUUUAUCUAUCAUUAAAAAUGGAGUGUCAUUAGAAGACUUUUUCAGUGAAACUGGUGAAGAAAUGUUAGAUCCGAAAAGUAUAAAUGAGGAAUUGCAAGAAGUAUCGAAUACAACUUCACCCCCAAUCGAACAAUUUAGUACUUUUAAUUCGAUUGAGAACUCACCGAAGCGAACUAAACGAACGGCUACAACAUCAGAAUUUGCACAUAAAUUAAUUCGCUCAGAUUUACCUUCAAUGGAUGAUGACGAUAUUGGUCGUCGAAUUACAGGAAAUGUUAUACAAUUGAACACCACAGCUUUUAUUAAUGCAAAAGACAUAAGUAAUGAUUCUUUGUACAGCAAGAAUCGAUCGAAUAGUAUUGAGUAUAUAGAUAUCGGAAAUAGAACAUUUACUGAAAAUCAACUUCAACAUUCAAAAUCGCAUCAAGAAGUUGAGAAUCUUGCUUUUGCUAGUUUAAAAGAAAUAGAAGUAAAUCUACAAAACAACAAUGAAUCUAUGGUAAAUGGGUUGGACGAAAUUUUACCCAUUCCUGAAGAGCUAAUUGCAGGUCCACGAUACCGCAUUGCAGGCAAUAAAAAGCACCUCAGUCGGUCUAAACCAACAACUACGAAACGAAAACGAGGCCAAGUUUCGCCCAUUCGUUCCAAUAUAGAAGGACAACAUAAUGGAGGUGGAAGUAAUAACGGUGUUUUGCCACCACAGAAAUGUGAGAGGUUCACUUCUUCUAUGUGUAUUCGAACUGAGGACUAUCCACUAGAUCUAAUAAUGGGUAGCAUUCGACGACAUAAAAACGCUAUGGUCGCUUUGUGGGCCGAUUAUCAUGACAAGCAUGCCCAGUUGGAUGCAACUGAUGACAUUGACGACAUUUCUAUCCGUCGUAAAGAAAACGAAGCUUCUGGAGGUGGAAUGUGUCAGAGUAUUGUUCGGUAUGCGCGUCCUCAAAAGGCUCGUUCCGCAUCUGGGGAAUGGAAAUAUAUAGUUAAUACCGGCCAGCAUACUCAAACACUCAGAUUGGAGAAAUGCAUUGCAUCCCAAGAGAGUUGCUCCUAUUUGGCUCAUAGCUAUCGUUCUCAUUGCACUCAGGUCUAUAAUUACCAUCGCCUGCUUAGUUGGGAUAGAACACGUGGCUUACAUGUGGAUAUAUUUAAGGUUCCUACUUGUUGCUCUUGUCAGAUAGAUGGAUUGCGGCAUCAUUUUCCAUUCAAACCAGACACCAAAACAAGACAAUUUACACCCGCUUUCAAUUCAGAUAUAUAUUCGACUAUUAAUGAAGAACUCGACUAUAAUGACGAACAAGAUGAGGAUGAUUUAAACUACCAACUUAUUAAUGAUCUUAAAGGAAAUCAUAAAAAGUAUGAUAACAAUGAGUUAAUGUUAGAUAGUCGAUCUAAACUUCAAUCACCGAAUCCAACAUUGGGAUCAUAUCUAAUCCCCCCUGGUGGCGAAGAAGAAUAUGAUUUCAUUGAUUAUAAGCAAGAUCUUCAGCAUAAACAUCAGAAUUUCGGUCAUACUUUGAGUACAUCGGCCACUACGAAAAAUACAAUAAGGAAUUCGCAACGUAGGCGGCCACAUAAAAGACUGGGUGCAGCUAAUACUUUCAAUCAAGAGCGUGUAGAUUUGGAUAUUGCACCAAGUGAGCUGCAUCAGAAGCAAGAGGUAAACUUUUCUGCCAGCUCUUUGGCCAAUUUUAAUAAGCGAACUCCACAAAAACGGCAACGUAUUCAUUCUGUGCUCCAUACAGCUCCAACUAGCAUCUCACCCAUUUCUACUGCAGUCGCUGGUACAUCCACACCUACUGACAUCGUUAACUCUCCCAUUGCAGGGGAAGACCCAACUUCUUCAACAACGACCAUUCAACACCGAGUCGUUGAAAGUAGCAACAGCAUUGCCACCAAUGCCCAUCAAACGUCAGGGCCGAACUCGUUCUAUAACGGUACUCAACAAAAACAAAGUAAUUACAGCUCCAACAACAAGGUUAACAGACAUUACCAAUUUCUUGGCAAUGCAGAGCAGAACUCAAUACCAAGAUUUCGCUCAGAAGCACGCCCCAUUAUUACAUCAAUCAAUAGAACAAGAAAGAGAUCAAAGCCAUCAACAGCGGGCCACCCAAAUCAGUGGAGCUUUUCGCAACAUGAACAACCGACCUCCACGCAGCCUCCACACGUUCCUUCAAUCCAUGUAAACUCUAUUCAUAAUACUGAAUCUAAUUCAACCGACUUUAGUAAUUCAUCAGACACUUCCCAAGUAUCAUCUGAGCCUGGUGUAAAAAGAAUAAACUAUAGUUAUCAUCCUAUUAUUGACUUUUUCGAAAACCAAAAGUACUCCACCGUCGUGGCAACAGUAAAAACAAUAGGCGAACAGAAAAAAAUUGAUGAUAGUAGUGAAGGACAAAUAUAUCCUCAAAAGAUAAUGAAACCACGAACACCAUUUGUAUCGGAAAAUUUAGGCGCUAACACAAGAAAUGGAGGAAGUGGAUUGAGUUUGCGAGACAGAACCGGAAGUACUGUAGAUAUGGUCAACAGACUUCAUAUGGAUGACAAUACCUGGCAACCGGUUCUAAUAAAAAUGAAAGGUCAUUCGUAUUAGAAAAAUAUUUCGUAUUUAUAGAAUUUUCACGAUAUGUGAGUAUUGAUUAUAUAAUAUAAUUUAUUUAUUCCAUUUAUAUAAUUUCAUUAAUUUAAUCCGCGUAUUUAUUAAACUAUUAAUUAAUUUUAUCGAAAGCGAGUUCUCUCGUAGGAAUGCAUAGCAAAUAUCCAUAUAUGUAAAUAUUUGGAUUUUUUUAAGAGCAAUAAUGACCAAUAGAAAUAAGCAUAUGUUGUAGUUUAAGCAAACUAUGGAGAGUUUUUCUUAAUUAGUAGCUAUUGAAAGAGGAACCCUUAUACACACAUAUAUGUAAACCUAUAAUUAGUGGAAAAGAAGAUGAAAUAAAAAUAGGAAUAAUACUUGUGAGUAUAUAUAAACAAUACGAAGACAUUAAUGGUUGGUCAAAGCCUAUUUCAUACAUUUAUAAAUAUUUUAAAUUUAUCUGAAAUAAGUGACUAAAGGUUGUUUAUAAAUUAUGGGUCAAAGAUGUUUGUGUAUGCAUUGAUUAAUAUACGCAAAAUUAUUACAAUCAUUAUUUUUGACUAUUGUUAAUUUCCACAGAAAUAAAAUACACUAAUUAGAAGAA